AGUUGGACAUUUCCGAAUCUCUAUCUCUUCAAAUCCGAGCGUGAGAUUCUUCGAUCUGCUAUGGCGGAAUCGUCUAAUUCCGAUAUGAACGGAGAGAAACGGACGUUAAAGAUCCGAAGACUGGAGAUCUCCGACAAGAGAAAAGGAUUCAUGGAGCUUCUUGGUCAGCUCACCGUCAUUGGACAAGUCACCGACGAGGAAUUCGAUCGGCGGUUCGAGGAAAUCAGCUCGUACGGAGACGACCACUUGAUCUGCGUGAUCGAAGAAGAGGCCUCGGGGAGAAUCGCGGCGACGGGGAGCGUGAUGAUAGAGAAGAAGUUCCUGAGGAAUUGCGGGAAAGUUGGGCACAUCGAAGACGUUGUAGUGGAUUCAGGGUUUCGCGGGAAACAGCUGGGGAAGAGAGUGGUUGAGUUUCUCACGGAUCAUUGCCGAUCGAUGGGCUGCUACAAGGUGAUUCUCGAUUGCAGUGUCGAGAAGAAAGUGUUCUACGAGAAAUGUGGGUUGAUCAAUAAAGGGAUUCAAAUGUCCAAGUACUUCGACUGAGAAUUUUUCAUUGAUUUCUCUUUUGUUUCUUAUCUGAUUAUGCAACUUCUACACAGAUUCAUAUUUGCAAUUUUAAUGAUAAAAAUGAAAGAAACUUCCUCAUUCUGUGG